AAUGAACUCGGGUCGUCGAGGUUGUUAUUGUUUGUGUGCGGGUAACAAGUACCGUUCAGUACCGGUCCACACACAAAGUCACAAGUGUGUCACCGUUCCUCUCGUCGAUAGAUGUACUUGAACACCUACCAUUACAAAGAGUUAUUUGACGUCAUCUCAGGCAAAAAUUACUAUAAAUUGUUUUGGAGUCAUCAAUCUGUAAGAUUCAGUUUUUGAAGCCCGUAUAGUGUUAUAGAAUAGAUCCCUCAUCUUUAUCUUGUCGUUAUCUGUGUUGUCGUUCGUCAAGAUAAAAACUCAACAACACUGUGAACAUGCGGAUCAGUGACAGUGACACUCACAGCAUUUGGUUUUGUGUCGUCGCCCUUGCUUCCGUGUCUGUGACAGCAGACAGUGAGGCAAAACAUUGCCCACCUGUCACCCGAUACCAGGCUGGCAUCUGCAUAAAUGAGUGCACAUCGGACAACGACUGCUUCUCUUACAAGAAAUGUUGUGGAAAUGGCUGCGGAACGGUUUGCCAAUAUCCUGUGAAGUUUGAAGUACCCCAUGCAGGUGUGUGUCCAGUGGUCAAUGAUACCAUUGGGGCUUUAUGUAUUGACCCUCCUCCAUGUGACGUUGAUCAAGAGUGUCCAGAGUUUAAAAAGUGUUGCUACAAUGGUUGCAGCAAGCUCUGCACAACCCCAGAGAAAACUGAGGAAAAUAAGGUCGGCCUUUGCAAGGGGGAUGUACCAGUUGGUGUAGGUUCAGAGUGGAACCCAAUGAGCAACUGCUCCUCAUCGUGCUCUAGCGACAAACACUGCACCGGGGAUGAGAAGUGUUGCUGGGUCGAAGAAUGUGGGGGUUAUGCCUGCUCAGAACCAGCACAUGUGUGCGAAUACAAUGGAGAUGUCUACAUGGAUGAGGACAUUUAUGAUGAAGAUGGAUGUAGCUACUGCUCUUGUUUUGACGGUCAGGUGAUAUGUGCUCAAAAAACCCACUGUGAAUUGACACAACGUCGUAAAUUGAAGAUGAUAAUCUUCAGCCUGAUUGGAGUUGUAGUGUUUUGCAUCGUCGUUGCCUUGGUUGUGUUUAUUGUGUACCGUCUUAUCAACAAAAACAAUGUGACCCAUCAAGACCAGAAAGCCACCAUGCCUCAACAGAACCAUAUGAUGAAUCAAGACAAGGCUGUAGAAGCGGGUGCCCUUCCACCUAAGGUAUAGAGAACCUCGCCACCCGACCCCCCCCCCCCCCCCCCACACUGGUACAGGACAUGUGAAACUUGACUUAAAAAAAAUAAUUGUCUGAAAAUUCAAAUUGCAGGGAGCUAUAGCAAAUGUUUGACUACAUUUGCGUAUUCUUUGCCAGUGUCUUGCUAGAUUCACCAUGUACCUUCAUGAGUACCAAGUGUUCCAGCAAUAAUGGAAAACACUGGUACAGGACAUGUGAAACUUGACGUAAAAAAAAGAAUUGUCUGAAAAAUCAAAUUGAAGGGAGCUAUAGCAAAUGUUUGACUACAUUUGUGUAUUCUUUGCCAGUGUCUUGCUAGAUUCACCAUGGACCUUCAUGAGUACCAAGUGUUCCAGUAAUAAUGGAAAAAACUGGUACAGGACAUGUGAAACUUGACUAAAUAAAUGGAUUGCCUGAAAAUUCAAAUUGCAGGGGGCUAUAGCAAACGUUUGACUACAUUUGUGUAUUCUUUGCCAGUGUCUUGCUAGAUUCACCAUGGACCUUCAUGAGUACCAAGUGUCACACUAGCAAAGGAAAACACUGGUACAGGACAUGUGAAACUUGACUAAAAAAAUGGAUUGUCUGUAGGUUCAAAUUGCAGGGAGCUAUGGCAGGACACAGGAUGUUGAGAUAUCACUUGGGUAUCAUCAGCAGGAAGCUUUCAAAUAAUCUGAACUGAAAUGUAAACUUCCCUCAAAGACAUGGUCAUGUUGCAAUCAUGUCUUCAUGUUGCACAUGAAGACCUUUUAGACAAAGGGUUCGUUAGUCAUUGUAAAAAGUUAGGAUUUUGUCAUAAAAUUCUACACAAAAAUACAGGUCAUAUUUCUAUAAUUUAAAGUAAUAUUCUAUGUUUAUAAUAGAAAUUAUAGUAUUCCAAAAACAAUGUUGUUUUCUGAAGUGGUCUGCCUUUCACUCAAAGUGAAAAAUGUUGAUGAUACUUUAUACCAGUUGUUUAUGUCUCUGAAAUUUCAAAGUUUUAAAAAUGUUUAAGGGGUAUUCUAUCAUUCAUGUUGUUUAUAAUGUAAAUCAUACUCGCAUAAAAUGUAUGCGAAGGGUUUAUAUUUUUUUGUAUUUUUAAUUCUAACAAUAAAUUUUGACAAUAUCAAUUAAACAUAUUAUAUGAAGUCUCCAGUUUAUGUUAAUUAGUACCACCCUCUGACAGCUUGGCUUGGAUGUUAUUUGCACUUUUGAACAAAGUCCUAAAUAUGGAUGCCAUCCACAUCCAUGUAAUAUAAUUACAUUUGUGUGUAAAUGACUUACAUUUCAUAUACUGACAAAACAUCACCCUAGGAUUGUAGAACAAUAGUCUUCAUUUUUGGGGAUGUAUUUUGAAAAUAAUUUUUUUGUCAUCUUGCUGGAAUGAGUCAAAAAAUUAAUUCACCUUUGAAAGUGAAAGUUCUGAUGAGAGCCGACAUUUCUUGGAAAAUGUGACCCCCCCCCACUGUGAAAUCUUUGAUCGCAAGCAGCAUGUGGGGGUUCAAGUAACUUAACCAACUUUCCAUUGCAAUAAUUAAACAAUUCAUGAACAUUGUACAGUCAUGGACCACAGAUAUCUUGUGGUAUUCCUCUCAAAGGGAAGCUACACAAUAAUACAUACAUUUGGUAAUCUUUCAAUUAAUGGCAAACUGUUGGUUAUUUUGGAAGCCUACAGCAGCUUUUGAUACAAAGCAUUUUGAGAAACGUUUCACUUCAAACUGUUUGUUUAUCUCCUGUGACCUUUUCAACAGGUAUUGU